AUGGGGUCGAUGGGCCAAGCGGGACUCUCGACUCUGCGCGGAGAGGAGACGUUGAUACGAUUCGACCAUGUCCCAAGCUACUCCGAAUUCUUCGAUCGCUGCCUCCUCCCUAAUCGACCGUGCAUUCUCCCACCAGCCCUCAUCUCACAAUGGAACGUCGUCAAGUCUCAAACAUGGCAUCGCAAACCUAGCUCCUCACGUGUUUCUUCAUCUUCCGACAAAGGCGACGACUUGGUGAAUUGGGAAGCGCUCGCACAGGACUACGGCUCACACACAUCCCCUGUCGUUGUUAUCCAUAUCAACGCAGAAGGCGAAACAAUAGAAAAACGCACCGAAAUGACCAUCGCUUCCGCCAUCGAUCUCAUCCGGAAACACAAGCUCAAACAGGACAAGGACGGAGUACAAUCGAUAUACAUCAAAGACUGGCAUCUGAUCAAGCAGCUUCGUUCUCAACCUACAGCAGAUGAACCCUACUCGGUACCGAAUUUGUUUGCGGAUGAUUGGAUGAACAACAUUCAUCCUUCCGGUACCGCAGGGGAAGUGGACGACUUUCGAUUCGUAUAUGCCGGCACAGCAGGCUCACAAACUCUUCUCCACCGUGACGUGUACACAUCGUAUUCCUGGAGCACCAAUGUAGUCGGUCGUAAGAAAUGGCAUAUUUUCCCACCUCGAGCCAUUCCACAUCUACGGCGAUUUCCAGCAGUCGAAACGUCUCAGCUCGUAUCUGACAUCCGAACGCUGCAAACACUCAUGAAGGAUUCGAACAGAAAAGACUAUCCCCAAUUGGAAAGAGCCUGGGAACUGAUACAAGGAAUAGACCAAGAGGAGGGAGAGACGAUCUUCAUCCCAAGUAAUUGGUACCACCAAGUGUCGAACGUUACAGAAGCGAUCUCGAUCAAUCGCAAUUGGUGUAACUCGAUCAAUCUUCCCUCUUUGUACGAAGCGAUCAAACGGGAGCUUGAACACGUUGAAGAGAGUCUUUGUGACGUUCGAGACAUGCUGUCUGACAGCAGUGGGGGGAAGGAUGGGGAUGAGUGGAAGAGGGAGUUUUAUGUGCUGGUUCAGGAUGUGGCGGUCAAAGAUGCUGGUUGGGCUUGGAAAGGGUUUUGGGAUAUGGUGGUAAGGAAUCUGGAACAUUCUGCAACAAAGCAGGAUCUAAGGCCCAAAGAUGGGUGGGUGAAGGAGAGACUCUUGCCGCUGGUGAAGGAUUUUGGGCUAAGAGAGGAUGGGAAGUGGCUAGAUGGGGAGGGAAUUCAGAACACAGUACAGAGGUGCAAGGGUCUUUUGGAAGAUAUGCGAUGA